GCUCCGYACCAUCGCUGUCAUUAGCGCCUACUGCUCCCGCGGGCCCGCGGACCCAGCUGUCAGGCAAGCCCCUUGGAGCAAAAUGAGAGCACAGUGAUCAGGCCCAGCCUCUCUCCCAGCCAUCCACGACGCCCACCAUGAACCACUUGGAGGGCUCCGCGGAGGUGGAGGUGACCGACGAGGCGGCAGGUGGGGAGGUCAACGAGUCAGUGGAGGCCGACCUGGAGCACCCCGAAGUGGAGGAGGAGCAGCAGCAGCCGCCGCAGCAGCAGCAGCACUAUGCGGGUCACCACCCGCGCGGGCGUGUGGUCGAGGACCUCCGCGCGCAGCUUGGGCAGCAGGAGGAGGAGGAGCGCGGUGAGUGCCUGGCGCGCUCCGCCAGCACUGAGAGUGGCUUCCACAAUCACACCGACACUGCCGAGGGCGACGUGAUCGCCGCGGCUCGCGACGGCUACGAUGCGGAGCGCGCGCAGGACCCUGAGGACGAAAGUGCUUACGCGGUGCAGUACCGGCCGGAGGCCGAGGAGUACACCGAGCAGGCGGAGGCCGAGCACGCAGAGGCCACGCACCGCCGCGCGCUGCCCAACCACCUGCACUUUCACUCGCUGGAGCACGAGGAGGCCAUGAACGCGGCCUACUCCGGCUACGUCUACACGCACCGGCUCUUCCACCGCGGCGAGGACGAGCCCUACGCGGAGCCCUACGCCGACUACGGCGGCCUGCAGGAGCACGUGUACGAGGAGAUCGGGGACGCGCCCGAGCUGGACGCGCGCGACGGCCUGAGGCUCUACGAGCAGGAGCGCGACGAAGCGGCCGCAUACCGCCAGGAGGCCCUGGGCGCGCGGCUGCAUCAUUACGAUGAGCGCUCCGACGGUGAGUCCGACAGCCCUGAGAAGGAGGCCGAGUUUGCGCCCUACCCGCGCAUGGACAGUUACGAGCAGGAGGAGGACAUCGAUCAGAUUGUGGCCGAAGUCAAGCAGAGCAUGAGCUCGCAGAGCCUCGACAAGGCGUCGGAGGACAUGCCCGAGGCCGAGCAGGACCUGGAGCGCGCCCCUACUCCCGGUGGGGGCCGCCCGGACAGCCCUGGUCUGCAGACACCCGCUGGGCAGCAGCGGGCAGCGAGCACCGCUGGUGGCGAGGCAGGGCAGCGGUACAGCAAGGAGAAGAGGGAUGCCAUCUCUCUGGCCAUCAAGGACAUCAAGGAGGCCAUCGAGGAGGUGAAAACCAGGACCAUCCGUUCGCCUUACACCCCUGACGAGCCCAAAGAGCCCAUCUGGGUGAUGCGCCAGGACAUUAGCCCCACCAGGGACUGUGACGACCAGAGGCCGGUGGAUGGAGAUUCUCCAUCUCCUGGCAGUUCCUCACCCCUGGGUGCAGAAUCAUCGAGCACUCCCCUUCAUCCCAGUGACCCCGCGGAAGCCUCCACAAAUAAAGAGUCAAGAAAAAGCUUGGCUUCAUUCCCAACCUACGUUGAAGUUCCUGGACCUUGCGACCCUGAAGACUUGAUCGAUGGAAUCAUUUUUGCUGCCAAUUACCUUGGCUCCACCCAGCUGCUCUCAGACAAAACCCCCUCCAAAAAUGUGCGCAUGAUGCAGGCCCAGGAAGCAGUUAGCAGGAUCAAGAUGGCCCAGAAAUUAGCCAAAAGCAGGAAGAAGGCUCCUGAAGGCGAAUCUCAGCCAAUGACCGAGGUGGACCUCUUCAUUUCUACCCAGAGAAUUAAAGUACUGAAUGCCGACACACAGGAGACAAUGAUGGACCACCCUCUGAGGACCAUUUCCUACAUCGCAGACAUUGGAAACAUUGUUGUGCUGAUGGCCCGCCGGAGGAUGCCCCGCUCCAACUCCCAAGAGAAUGUCGAGGCCUCCCACCCAUCACAGGAUGGGAAAAGACAGUACAAGAUGAUCUGCCAUGUCUUUGAGUCUGAAGAUGCCCAGCUGAUCGCACAGUCCAUAGGGCAGGCAUUCAGUGUGGCAUACCAGGAAUUCCUCAGGGCCAACGGGAUUAACCCCGAAGACCUCAGCCAGAAGGAGUACAGUGACCUGCUCAACACCCAGGACAUGUACAACGACGACCUGAUCCACUUCUCCAAGUCAGAAAACUGCAAAGAUGUUUUCAUAGAGAAGCAGAAAGGAGAAAUCCUAGGAGUUGUGAUUGUGGAGUCUGGCUGGGGAUCCAUCCUACCAACCGUGAUCAUAGCCAACAUGAUGCAUGGAGGCCCCGCAGAGAAGUCGGGGAAGCUGAACAUUGGAGACCAGAUUAUGUCCAUUAAUGGCACCAGCCUGGUGGGCCUGCCUCUGUCCACCUGCCAGAGCAUUAUCAAGGGCUUAAAGAAUCAGUCCCGAGUCAAGCUGAAUAUCGUGAGGUGUCCUCCAGUGACCACGGUAUUAAUCAGAAGACCAGACCUUCGCUACCAGCUGGGAUUCAGUGUCCAGAACGGAAUUAUCUGCAGCCUCAUGCGAGGGGGAAUAGCUGAGAGGGGAGGCGUCCGCGUGGGACAUCGGAUCAUUGAAAUCAACGGACAGAGCGUUGUGGCCACCCCGCAYGAGAAGAUAGUCCACAUCCUCUCCAAUGCUGUUGGGGAGAUCCACAUGAAGACGAUGCCAGCGGCCAUGUACAGACUGCUGACGGCCCAGGAGCAGCCCGUUUACAUCUGA